AGCCUGGAAUCUCAGCGCGACGCUGCAGGCUGGUGUGUUCACACCUUUUCUGUAUAUGUGGGUGUGCUUGUGUGUGUGAGGGAAGUGUGAAGGGGAAAAAAGCAUGUGAGAGAGAGAGAGACGUAAAACAAGUGAGAGGAACAAGAGAAGCAAAGGUAGAGAGAGAGAGUCAGUUAUAGAAAAGGAAGCAGAAAAUGAGAAGCAGAGAGAGACAGGUGGGGAGUGAGUGAGUGAGAGGCAGGAAGAGAAGCUAGCUGUGAGCAGGUAAACGAGAGGGAGAGAGAUGCUAGAAGAGGAGUGUGACGUGUGUCUGCAGCCCAUGGUGGAAGGAGGAGGAUUCGUGAAGAUUUCUCUGGAGGAAGUGGAGAGUUUCUACAGGUUUACUGUCUCCUGUGACUGGCUGCUCUAUGAGAUCAUGCAGCAGGAGAGCAGUCCGCUCUGUGCUGCAGACAUCGGCCCUGACCUCAGCAAAGGCUUCGCCUUCCUGUCAGGAGGUCGAGGGGAGAAUGGCAGCCCCAUCAUCAUCUUCCCAGAGUUCCCUGCGUUCAGUGAGCUGCAAGAGCAGGAGUUCCACAAUGUGCUGACGUACCUGACCAGCGUGCCCAGCCUCAGUGCAUCAGGAGUUGGCUUCAUCCUGGUCAUCGACCGCAGGCAAGACAGAUGGGCAUCGGUGAAGGGAACACUACUGCGCAUCGCGGGCUCAUUCCCAGGAAACCUCCAGCUGGUGUUGGUGUUGCGGCCCACCACCCUGUUCCAGCGCACACUGUCCGACUUCCUCUUUAAGUUCAGCAAGGAUGAGUUCAAAAUGAAGGUGCCGGUGAUCAUGCUUAGUUCAGUGACUGAGCUGCACAGCUACAUAGACCGCACCCAACUGACGCAGGAGCUGGGAGGCACUCAGGAAUACUGCCACGAGAAAUGGAUUUCACACCGCACUGCCAUCGAAGGCUUUGCUUUGAUGGUGAAGAAGACAGCACAGACUCUGCAGGCAUUUGGGACGGAGCUGGCUGAAACCGAGCUGCCCAACGACGUCGAGGCCACAUCCAGCCUGCUGACCACACACACAGAGAAAAAAGAAAAGAUGAAGGAGGAUCUGAAGAUUGCUCUGAGUCAGGGAGGGCGUUUGUUGGAGAGUAUUAAUGAGCCAUUGGUGUCGAAUCCAGACUACAACAUGAACCACGACGAGCUUGAGAACCUGGCUACUGUGCAGAGGCUGCUGGGUCAGUUAGAUGAAACAGAAACGGCGUUUGAUGAUUUCUGGGAGAGGCAUCAGACUAAGCUGGAACAGUGUCUGCAGCUCCGACAUUUUGAACACAACUUCAGGGAGGUGCGAGCUCAGUUGGAUCAGGUAGCUGAUAAGCUGUCUGGUUUCUCUGAGGUUGGCAUAAGCCCUGCCCACGGCGAGCACAUCCUGAAAGAGCUGACCAAUCACGAAGAGAGAACAUGUGAGGUGCUGGACCGUGCGCUGACACUAGCCUCUGACGGGGACAUUCUGAUUGAAAGCUCUCACUACGCUGUGGACUCCAUCCUGCCUAAAUGCUCAGAGCUCCGAGCUGUGUGUGAGGAGGUGGGAACUGUCCUGAAAGCCAAAAAAGCCCACCUGCUUAAAGCCAUGGAGCUCCACUCCAGCCUGGAGAAGGCCACUAAAUGGUGUGAAGAUGGAAUUUACCUUCUAGCAUCUCAGCCUGUUGACAAGUGUCAGUCUCAGGACGGGGCUGAGGCAGCGCUGCAGGAGAUCGAGCGCUACCUGGAUACAGCCAAUCAGCACAAGCUAACUGACUUGAAUGGCAUCUGGAGGGAGUAUGAGUCUGUACUGACGUCAGACUUCAGAGAGCAGGUGGAGCGGGUCUUCCAGAAGCAACUCUCUAUGCAGGAGAUGUUUGAGAAGAGGAGGAUCAGUCUGAAGAAGCUUGCAGCCAAGCAGACGCGGCCAGUCCAACCGGUUGCCCCCCGGCCCGAGGCCAUCAUCAAAUCUCCCCUCUCAUCUCCUGCCCACAGGGAGAAGGAUUCAUCACCUGACAUCAACAGCAAAAAAGGAGACACGCUCAUUCAGAAUGGCAGCAGGCCGCCGUCUCUGUCAGAAGAGGAGGAGAAUCUUGCUGUCCUUAGAAGGCAUGUAAUGAAUGAGUUGUUGGAGACAGAAAGAGCCUACGUGGAGGAGCUGCUGUGUGUACUACAGGGCUACGCAGAUGAGAUGGAUAAUCCCAGCAUGGCUCAUCUCAUCCCCAUCACUCUCCACAACAAGAAGGACGUUCUGUUCGGCAACAUGGCUGAGAUCUACCAGUUCCACAACAAAACUUUCCUCCGGGAGCUUGAGGCCUACACAGAUUGCCCCGAGCUGGUGGGCCGAUGCUUCUUAGAAAGGAUGACAGACCUUCAAAUUUAUGAGAAGUACUGUCAAAAUAAGCCACGCUCCGAGUCACUAUGGCGACAGUGCUCUGACUGUGCCUUCUUUCAGGAGUGCCAGAAGAAACUGGAGCAUAAACUGGGCUUGGACUCAUACCUGCUGAAACCUGUGCAGCGCAUCACCAAAUACCAGCUCCUCCUCAAAGAAUUAUUAAAGUACAGUAAAGGCUGCGAGGGCUCAGAGGACCUGCAGGAGGCGCUCUCCUCCAUCCUUGGCAUCCUCAAAGCUGUCAACGACUCCAUGCACCUCAUUGCCAUCACUGGAUAUGAGGGCAACCUGAGUGAGCUGGGCAGGCUGCUGAUGCAGGGUUCGUUCAGCGUGUGGACAGAGCAUAAGAAAGGUCAUGCCAAGGUCAAGGACCUGGCGCGCUUCAAACCAAUGCAGCGGCACCUGUUCCUGCACGAGAAAGCACUGCUCUUCUGUAAGAAACGUGAAGAGAACGGCGAAGGUUAUGAGAAAGCACCGUCCUACAGCUUCAAACACUCACUCAGUAUGAGUGCUGUAGGAAUCACGGAGAACGCCAAGGGAGACAACAAGAAAUUUGAGAUUUGGUGCAACUCUCGAGAAGAGGUCUACAUUGUGCAGGCGCCCACAACGGAGAUCAAGACGGCGUGGGUGAAUGAGAUCCGGAAAGUUCUGACUGGCCAGUUAAAAGCCUGCAGGGAGGCAAGUCAGCAGAAGACGUCCGAGCAGGUUUCUCCGCUGCCCAAUGCCGUGAUUAGCCUCAGCCCCUUUAAGACCAAUCAGAAGACAGUGAAAAAAGGGGAUGAGAAGAAAAUGGAGACCGUCACCGACUCUGGGUUAGCACCUUUAUCGAAAAACACCGACAAAAUUAAAGAUGAGGCAGUAAUCAGUCCUUCCACAGACAGGGCAGCAGUGGCUAAAAAGCGUUUUACACUGCAGGGCUUCAGCAACCUCAAGAGUCAGAAAGGAUCUCCCACUAGUCCUGACCACAAAACCAAACGGCAUGAGAUUAAGAGUGAUCCCACACCAUUUGGCUUCAGAGACACAGGUCCCCACAUCACCCUCAGCAGAGUCAAAUGGCUGAGCACUUCUAGUCUCUUACAGGCUAAGCGGAGAGGGUUCAAUAAGGCCUCUCUCUCUAUGGAUGCCUCAGAGGAGAACGACGGCUACUCCAGCGCCGAGGACCCUUUGAACUCUGACCCUGAGGACGAGGGCAAGAAACUGUCUCCAGGCAGGUACGUGGUGGUGGCUGAUUACGAUAAAGGAGGAGCUCAGGACCUCUCAGUGAAGAGUGGAGACAUGGUGCAGCUUGUCCGAGAGGGCAGUGACGGACAGUGGUUUGUGCGUAACCUGAAGAACAGUAAGGAGGGCUGGAUGCCUGCUGCUAAUCUACUCACUCUAAUUGGAGAGUCAAAGUCCUCACAAUCUCUCACCAGCUCAGAAGGCAGCGGGUCAGGCAACUUGAGCACUUCUUCCAGCUGCAGUGAAACCUACACCAGCUUUUCGGACAUCAAACCAUGAGGCUUCACUCUGGCUCCGACCUGCCUCUACAGCCCAGCCUUGUGGCAGCUCCUACACAUUGCACUUUCUGCUGAGACAGCUCCUUCAUGUACUGUACUUAGAACCACAACUUUAAACCAUAUCUGUUUAAUGUACGGCUUCAUGCUCACCUCUCACCUACUCCUACUGGUGUUGCAGAAGAGAGAUAGAAGAAGCCGGGCUUGCUCUUUUUUUCCCAAAUAUGAUUUUAUUUGAGUAAAUGAUGGCAUAAUGGCCUGAUACAUUUCGUUUUAAGAGAAUACACCCUCUGCCCUGAGAAUAUUAAGUACGUCAUAGUUUUAAUUGAAAGCAGGGCACAUAGGAGCCCAAGCAUGUGAAAAUCAGCUUGUACAGGCUUCUGUGGCCACUGUGUUUCAAUGGGCUUUGGUUACAAGAGCAAAAAAUCCACUAAACUGGAAGCUUUAAGCAUUGCACUUCCGCUUGGUUUUACUGGUAUUAAACCUGAGAAAAUCAAAACUCUUUGGAAUGUCCUAUUUUCAGGAAUGGCCCACUUUUCUUACUCGUCGACAUUGUAGAAGAAAACCUGAAUGGAGCGUUAUGUAAUAUGGAUAAAGAUUUUUGGAAUCAUGCCUGGUUUCUUGCUAUCAAAACAACUGUGAAAAUGUCCCAUCCCUCUCAUUGUAUGUAUUAAUCCCAAACAGCUGUAUAUUUUAGAUGAUUUGCUGUAUGAUAAAGAUUUGUACAGAUAUUAUAACUUUUACCUCAUUUUUCAUUAAAAUAACAGUGUAUGUAUUGUACAUUAAAUCAUGUUUUCCAUGAAUUGUGUUUUGUCAUUGUAUAUGGAGCUCAUUUUAAUUUUCUUGGUCUGCACUAAUUCAUUUUUUAUUUUCAUUUUUAAAGAUUUUACUCUUGCAUUGUAUUGUACUAUCAUAGAUGACUGAAUCAAGAUGUGAAAUCAAAGGCCAGUAAUUUAUGAAUUAUGUAUUCAUAAGUAACUUCUACUCAAAGAACCUGAAAAUCAUCACAAAGAUCAAUUUAUCAUAGAGCUCUUGCACAAAUUCUGCCAGUCAAGACGGAAAAAAUAUCUUUAGGCCUGUAUUGCGUUUGCUAUAAAUUUGUAAUUGUGCCCCCUGUAUGUCUGUAUGGUAAACACUGCAAAUGUUUGAUGUUUUGAAUCAACAGAAUCUACUGUAUGUUUCAAUCUCGAUGCAUUCUACACGGCACUUUGCCCUUUGUCUUUCUCUAUUUUCAUACGCCAUUGUUGAUAUGAAGGUAUAUGUGACUGCUAUCUGUGUAUAUGUGUACAUAUGUAUUUAAGAGGUUGUAUGAGUUGUAUGAAUUCAGAGAAAUUAAGCUUGAAUAAAGUUCACAAAAACA